GUUUUCUCUUGUUGUGUCAAUUCGAGAAUAUUUUAUUAUUUUAAUUUAUUUUCUGGUUUCCUUCAGAAAAUGAUGUCGUCGAGAAGGAUUGUCUACACACUUUUGCUCAUCACCAUCGCACUUUGUGCAUAUUCCACGGCUUAUGCACCAAGGAACAUCCGUGGAGUUGGAGACGUUCCUUCAAUGUUCUUCUCGCCGUUCAGAAUGAUGGGAAAACGCAACCAAUUCUAUGGACUAUUCAAAAAAAUCCGAAGCAAUGAGGUAGUUGAUUACUAAACUUCGAAUUUACAUUUUCUUUUUUCUAUUCUCACCACUAAUUUAUUGUCACACUCAAUUCACAUUCUCGCUCUCUUUUCUAUUGUUUUUUCGAAUAAAUCGUGAAAUUUGUUA